ACACGGGGAGGAAGAGGCGCUGGUUGCUCGGCUGCUCGGUGACGGGGAAAUGGCUGCCCUGGAAAGGGUGAAGGUGCUGGUGUUGGGAGAUUCGGGUGCAGGGAAGUCAUCGCUGGUUCACCUGCUCUGUCACAACCAGAUGUUGGGAAACCCGUCUUGGACAGUGGGCUGCUCCGUAGACGUACGAAUCCACGACUACAAAGAAGGAACUCCAGAAGAGAAGACCUAUUACGUUGAGCUAUGGGAUGUCGGCGGCUCAGUGGGCAGUGCCAGCAGCGUGAAAAGCACUCGGGUGGUGUUCUACAAUUCAGUCAACGGCAUCAUCUUAGUACACGACUUAACCAACAAGAAGUCCUCCCAGAACUUGUAUCGAUGGUCUUUGGAAGCUCUGAACAGGGAUGCGGCCCCCUCGGGAGUCCUGGUGACGAAUGGAGAUUACGACCGGGAGCAGUUUGCUGAUAACCAGAUCCCGCUACUUGUCAUUGGAACCAAACUGGACCAGAUCCCCGAGGCAAAACGCAAUGACGUCUUGACCAGAACGGCCUUCCUCGCUGAGGAUUUCAGCGCAGAAGAAAUUAACCUGGACUGCACCAACCCUCGCUACUUGGCGGCCGGCUCCUCCAACGCUGUCAAGCUCAGUAGAUUCUUUGAUAAGGUUAUAGAGAAGAGAUACUUUUCACGAGAUGGGAACCAGAUUCCUGGCUUCUCGGAGAGAAAGAGAUUUGGAGGGGGCUUUGUGAAGAGCCUUCACUACGACUGAUGAUCUCUGGCUGCGAAGGGACUGUGGGGAAAUAAUUUAUUUCACCUUUUAAGGACAGCAUUCCUGUCUUUGCGGCCAAUGCUUGGGCUAAGGCAAGUCAAGAUUCUCCAGCACACCAGUGAUCAAGGCUGGUCAAAUAGAGGUGCUCAUGGACGUAGACAGGAGGGCAUAUUCCCAGAUCUCAUUUGGAGACCAGGCACAGUUUUGGUCCUUUUGGGAACACGAGACAUUUUUGACUGUCGUGCAAAAAUCCCAGUACUGCACGCUCUCACGCAAAAGCGUAGCGUGUUUUUUUUUCCCCUCGCGACUUGAAAGAUUUCUGAAUCAACAGCCCCUCCUAGCGGAAUGACCCUUCUGCGUCUAAAAACUAACCCAGGAGUCAAAGAUUUCCAUGGAAUGAAAACAACAUCAUUCUAGUUUAUUUUACCGUACUCCAGUUGAGGUUGUGCCACUAAUUGUAAAUGGGAUCCUGUCUUAGAAAUUGAUUAAUAAAGAAUUGUUCAAAGAUACAUGAGGGAAGUGGGAAGAUGUCUGGGGGAAAUGGCAGGCUGAAAAUCAGUUAAACAAGUAUAAAGCCAACAGUCGUGAUAGUCUGACCCACAAUCAAACAGUCAUAAGACUUACAAAGAAUGCUGUUUAUGUACUGCAAUCUAAAUCACUGCAACAUGAUACACAAAUCAAUAGAAAAUCCUUGCGAUACUUGUUUAACUGAUUGAGGCUGAGAAUCAGGCCCGUAGCUAAUGUGGGGCCUGUAGGGCAUGGCCCCCUAGCUUUUCUUCCAGGCUCCCUCCCCUGGGUUGGCCCCAUAGUGAAUUAAUGUAAUUAAUUUUGGUUUGAUUAGCUGCACCACACCCGAGGCCCCCUCCCAAAAAAAGCCCUAGCUACAGGGCUGCAUCAACAGCAACGGCGAGGAGUGUUAGCAAGAACAACAUCUCGCACGGCCCUCACUUGGUUGUCUGACUGCCACCAUGCCAUCCUAAGCAGAGUUACACCUUUCUAAGCCCAUUAACUUCACUGGGCUUAGAAAGGUGUAACUCUGCUUAGGAUGGAGACUGCCAGCUAUUCAGUUUGCGCGCUCCUAAAACCCAAGAGUUCUGAUUUUAAAACCUGUUUACUUUUUCAGCCUCGCUUUCUCUUUAGAGCAUUACACAGUUAAUGGUGACAACAAAGUACUCUUUGAAGUCCUUUGCAGUUGAUCCAGAGGAGGAGCCGACAGGACAGUCAGUGUGUGGCUGGGCAAAAGCUGGAACUGCGGCUGAGAGAACGCAGUUUGGUGGCAGGGGAUACCCUGCCCAGUUAAUUAGGCCACUAGUUUUAACCGAUGCGCAUAAAUGCAAUAUUUAAGUUUUUUAAAGAAGUUAAAUUUAGAGAAUUUUAAAAAGCAGCAUACACUGUUCACAUUUAUCAUUAACUAAUGUUUUUCGAUUUUAUUAUACAUGUUUCAUGUAUACUUCCCUGGCAUGAGAAUCAAUGGAACUCAGCCGGCUAAUUUCUGCGUGAUUAAAAAAAAAAAUCGUAAUACAUUUAUUAGCCAGGAGCAAAAAAAAGAAGUGAAACUUAAUUCUGUGAGUUCAAGGGAGCUCCUUGGUUUCUGCACUCAUAAAUGAAGGGAACUGUCAGGAGCGCAGGGCUCUGUUGGGUAGAGGGAGAGAAAAAGGAGUCAGAAUUCUUCUGGGUUUAGGCAGUCUCUUCCAGGAACCCAAGUUGGCUGGCACCCAAAGACCUACGUGUUACAGUUCAUCAGA